CCCAUCAUCUCCUGUGCCUUGGAGCAGCGCGAUCUCCUUGAAAUUCGUCGUCGCCACUUUCCUGGAUCGCCCAGCACUGCCCGUCUCCGCCUCCAACGUUACCACCCGCCCGCCUGCACCAAAAACCAAACCUUGCAGCAGCCCCCUGGCCUCCACUAUAAACUUUCGACGCGCUAGCUCCACCGUUCCCAAGCUUGAUCCCUGCCCUCCCCCCAAACCGCAAUCUUGCUUAGGCCCAAACCUCCUUAUAUCAUAUAACAGGCCAGGCCAGCCUCCCAUCGCGACUCCCAAGCAACCUAAUUUACUGCCACGGUAACUACUUAACUUCCCAAUAUCGCAACCGGAAUUCUUUCUUCUACAAGACAGCAAAGUCUUGCACUCUGCCACCGUUUACUACACUCUACUGUUCCAACAAGCAUCCGCCUAUCUAUACCGUCCUCCAAUGAUUCCUUGUCGCUGGGCAUCUUCAUAUCGCAACCCAAUCCCUUUUGCUUAGAGCACUCCGUCGCAAUGGUGACCGCCAACCCCCAGCCCUACAACUUUGUCCUGCAGAAAUACUUGCUGUUGCAGGAGCAGCACGAGGAGCUCUCCAACCACUUGGAGCAAAUCCGCCCCCGCCAGCCCUCUGUUAGCAGCGCCUCCACCACCUCUUCCUCACCCGACAUCUCUCCCAACCGCCUCGAAUAUAUUGUGCCUACGGCCCACUCAGGUCACAGCCGCCGUGCUGACCGUGCUCGCGCUCGCGCACAAGCAAGAUGCAGUGGUUGGAUUAACAACCGCCGAGGCUCUGUCGUUCUCGACACCAUCCCAGACGAAGACACGCUGGACGAAAUCUCAGCAGAAGAACAGCAGCUGCUUGAUGUAAACGAGAGCAUCAAGAGAGCGCUGACUGAGCUACUCAACUCGGAUAUUAUUCGAAAGGACAUGUCCAUGCGCAUGUGGGCUCAAAGCCGACUUAUGGAAGCAGAGAAGGAGCUUAGGUCAGGACGUCGUCGCCGCGGCUCUCCGCGCCGCGAAUAGGCCCUGCCUCUUCCCGAGCCUCUUGUACACCUACUGAGCGUAUAUUAUUUCUUGUAACAACACUUUCACAUUUUGCCGCUCGAAGCAUGGGCUAUCGGGCGAGCCUUCAAAACGAAGCCCAUCGCGGCUGGCUUUUCUAUUACACAUUUUUAAUGGCGAGGAAUUGACAGACAGCCGAAUUCCGGCGUCUUUCUCUCCUUGCAUCCAUUUGCAUCCUAUAUGGUAUCAUUCCCUUCAAGCUUCUCUUUACUCUGCAUGGUUUUCAGAAUGGUAGGGGCAUAGCACCUCAGCAUCCACACCUGCGAUUUUGCUCCUCAGAUAGGGAGCUCAAGUACAUACGCACUAGUAUACAUACAUAAUAUGACGAAUAAUGGCCUCUUCAAUAACUGUUGCAUUGUAAUUGAGCUUUUCGUAAGAGCUUACCUUUAGUUCCUCCCCGCAUUUCAGGUGUAGUUUAUGUGUAACAGCGUUAUGAUGAGCUUUUGUCGGGACAAUUGGCCCAUGUGACUAGGCUGGGUGAAGAAAGCAG